CUUUCUUUGACCUUUUAUUUCUUUGAAAAUUUCCGGGGCGAAGGAUCUGCGCAUUGCUUCCUACCACUGCUAAAUGGGCUAGUGUCUUCGAAGCGAACAAUGAAUGCAACGCUUUACAGUGACACCGUUUAGCAUCAGUGCCUUAGGUUCCCGUUCCACCUCGCCGCAAGAGCGAGGCGUUUUACUACAGUGUCACAUUAGACAUGAAGUUCCUCAACUCGACAAAUACUCUUACUCUGCGGUAUUUACCGAAACAUAUCAUAUCUCCUGUUGCUCUCCGGUACCUAGCAUCUCCGAUCAAUCCCAUCCGUUUCAAAAUCAAACACUUAUACGACAACCGUGAUCGGAAUACAUUAUGGUGGAAGGUAUCUACACAACAUUUAACACAACAUAAGCGAGUGAUUCGGUCGUGGUGUGCACGGAGAGUCCGACUCGCGUUUCGCUGCGCGCUGAAAGAGCGUGGCUUUGAUGCUGAGGGCCGAAGGAGAGGGCCGAACAUCGAUGAAAGCGCUGGGAUAUCAAAAGGAGAAAAUGACAAUUUGGUAGGAUCAGUCGAUAUCUUUAUCCGCCCACGGUGUGUCCAUGAAGAUUAUCCUACUCUACAAGCAGAAAUGAACACUCUUGUAGACUCCUUCAUACAAAACAUCAAUGAAGGCAAUCGGGCGAAAUCGCCACAAGACCAGGCCGCCGAGGUGUCAAAAUGAAAACACCAGAUCUAUUACUAGUAAUUAAUCUAAUGAUGAUGUAUAUAUAUUCAGGGCAUCGUGGUCGUGCGAUGUUUUUGGUAUGGGAUGCUUGGCUGUAUCAUCUCCGCAUUUCCAAAGCGCAUUAACGACAACAAUGGUUUCAGAUGUAUCAUUAGUGCGAACCUGUCUUCUGUCAAGGCAUGUAGAGUUUCCGGAUAUCAAGCCGAUAUUGAAUAGACAAGAAUAGUGGAGGACAUUCACCAGGAGAGAUAUAACGCGCGGCACUGCCUCCUUGGCAUGUUCGCUAAGUUGCCGAUCUUCUCGGGGCCUGGAGACAACAACAGUAGUAGCACGUACCUUCA